AUGAUCGUCCCCGGGGACGCGCCGGUCUAUAGUCCACCCACAGAAUAUCCUGUCAAGGUUGAACCAAAAAUGGAGCAUACCGUCAAGCACUAUGGAUCUGGCCUGCCAAAUAAAGGCUCGUUUUACAAGCGCAUGCAAACAUUCACCUCCAUCGAAGUCAUGCGACCGGAUUUCCUGUUUGAUGACGUGGAUAUCGUCAUUGCGGCCCAUACUCUGGAGCGGAUACUCUCGUACUGCUAUGGAGAAAACUUCCAUGGCAAGGAGGGCGAAACAGACUUCCGGCUCAACUUGGCUCUCGCUGGCGAAAAGACGCUCUUUGCGGAGCGUCGGCGCCCGAAUUCAGGACCGGAAGCCAGGGUCUUCAGGACCGUCCGUGAGUGGGUACCAGACCUAGCGGCGAGUAACAACCCCGACAAUCCCGAGUUUUACCAAAGGUUUCGCACAGCUCUCGGGAAGACGUUUGAGCAAACAUUUACAAGGAAACCGUUGCGUCAUCAUUCGGUCAGGGAAAGGUUGAGCGACCAUCAGCGAUUUGUGCUGUAUCGCCUUGGCCACUUGAAGGUGGUCGUCGAAACUGGCGUGGACGCCCGCUUCGCAAUGCCUCUGACCCCUGGCUCGAACGAUUCCGGGGAUCGUGACCAUAGUCACUAUGAAAUGUCCACGGCUAAGCCAGGGGGCUGGCUCCAGUAUCAAACAGUCCCUUAUUUUUCUCGGGUCGAAAUGUCUGGGCAGCCGUUCCCACACUCUCAGGCCUUGGAGCUCAAGAUCACUGGCCGGCUGAAAGAGAGCGACAGAACAUUCGUGCCCGCUGGAGACAUCGUACAGUGCUGGUUUUCGCGUGUCCCCCACAUGGCCUACGGUAUGAUACCCAAAGGCGAUAUCAUGCUGAAAGCCAUCAGGAUGGUCAAGAUGGAUGAUGCUUGCAGGGAGUUGGAGAAGGAUGCCAGGGCGCAGAAGGCUUUGCGCCAGACUGUCAUGUUGCUGGAUCACUUGCGCGAUCUCGUGCGGAACGCUUCAAGGAGCGCAACGCAGGAGAAAGACAGGACAGCGUCGUUGGUUAUUGGCAAUAGUUUUGUUGAUCCCGACAUCAAAGUUGUCUUUCCUCACAAACAGUACGCAACCCCUUUUGGUGACAGCUUUCUCAAGAGGUGGUGGGUGUCCCAGAGGCCAGGUGGAGUGGAGUUUUGUCGCAGAGAGCGGGUAAGACUCGAGUACGGUGACUCUGGAGGCAGGGCGAAAGUAGUUGAGAAGCUACUUCGUUGGAAUCCAUCGACAGCGGCAGCAGCAUUCAUAGGGCAACGCGAGGAAGUUGCUGGUGCUGACCCGGAAUCGGAGCCCGCGGUCACCAUCGACAGCCCCCUGCACGCAGAAGACGGGCACCGGCCGGGCGAGGGCUGGGCUUUGCGCCACCGCCAACCCAAAGCGCUCGUGGAGGAAGGGGUUGCUCGGCAGAAGACGGACGCCCGGGCAGCAGCGGAGGAAAGCGAUGCUCGGCGAGAGAUGCAAGCCCGGGCAGCAGCGAGAAUAAAGGAUUUCCAGGAGGAGAGGCGUGCCAUAGAAGCAACAUUAAAGGCCUUCAGUCGUAUCGCAACGCAAGGCGCGAAUCCUCAGUUCAAGAUGGAGAGCUCUGUCAGCCCAAGCUCGGAGGACUUUGGCAGGGAGAGAAGCGAGGCUGCCGAGACUGUUGGGGAGGCCUCGAGCCGAACUCGGGCGCCUGCAUCUGAUCAAUCGAAACCUCCCGCGACGGCGACGAGCAGCGGCGACGAGCACGACGAGCGAGCGAAAAAGUUGGCUCGGCUGUUGCAAGUCUCCAGGGUAGGGACCAUCAGGAGCAAGGUUCCGGGGAGCGUGGAACUCAAGGCCGAAAAGAAGAUUGUCAAGGAGGUUGAGGAGAAGGCCGAGGUUCGAGUUGAAGAAGAGGGUGACAGCAAAACCGAGGAGGUCAAGGUGCAGGUCAAGGAGAAGGUGGAGAUGCAGACCAAGAAGGUCGAAACACAAACGAACGAGAAGACUGAGGUACAGACCGAGAAGGUGGAAGUGCAGACCAAGACGGUGGAGGUGAGGGCCAAGACGGUCGAGGUGAGGGCCAAGAAGGUCGAAGUACAGACCAAGGAGAAAGCCGUGGCGGACAGCGAGGACAAGGCCGAGGUGCACACUAGUGAGGAGAUCGAAGUACAGAUUCAGGAGAAGGUCGAGGUACAGAUCAAGGACAAGGUCGAGAAGAAGGCUCGAGAAACCGCCCAGAUCAAAAGGCAGGCCAGGCUAGCUACUCCGGCCGCAGAGUCGUUUACACCAGGGGUGAAACGGCAGCCAAAGCCACCACCGAAGCCGGACCCGGGGCCCAACAGGUUGAAGCCACCCGCCGUGCCCCCAAAGUCUUCCACCGGCACUUAUUUCAUACCGACCGAUCUCGACUGGCCGGAAUGA